UUUCACCAAACGAAUGGUGGAAAACCUUAAACAGUUCAACAUUUUUACUGUAAACGUUAAGGAAGUCAAAAACCCCAAAAGUUGCGCGACAAAUUGAGCAGAGCUCUUUGUUGCAGUAUAACAAACUUGCAAGGCGAGUACAUUAAAAGAGGCAAAAAAACAUCAAAAGCUUUUACGCUUUAUCUUCCACGUAAAAAAACGUAAGAAAAGGGUCUCUCGCGCGCCUGUGUAUGAGUGUGAGUUGCUGCCUGUUAGGCCAAGUCAUCUGUUCCAAUAGUUGACUUCAUUCAAUGAACUAACUACAAAAAAAUAAAACCCUCCCCACAAAACCAGUAGGAAAGGAGCCAUAUAAGCUUUAUUCAAUACAAGCCUGAGACAAGAGUGUGUGUGUGCGUGUAUGUGAAAGAGGGAGAUUGUCCCCAAACCCCCCAAGCAACAACAACUACAACGAAAAUCAUCUCUCACGUACAAAUAGAGAUUUGCAACCACCAAAAUCUCUAUAAAAGCACUGCUGCAGUUAAAUUGCCCAUUCAGAGAGAAAUAGAGAGAGAGAGAGCGAGGGAGAGAUAAUUCUCAAAUUUAUGCUCAAUGCUGUAGUCGUCAUCAGCCGUGUUAGUUGGUUGUUACAAACACAAACACUGGCAUACAUUUGUUUGGUGUGAAAACAUUGAAAAACGACCACCACCCAAUCUACACCCACUAGGACAUCGGCAACUGUAACAAACCUCCAACAGACACACACUCGUAUGUAAAGAGCCCCAACGGCGUAAACAGCUAGCAGUUUAGCCCCCAAAAUCAACAACAACAAAACCCCAAUCCAUAGCUGCUCACAACAGAAAAGCCGAAGCACCACCGUACUACACCAACAACUAAAGAAAUUUAAAAAGUAAAAUUUUGGUGCUACAACCUUAUUAAAGUUUAUUUUUAACAAAAAAAAAUGGGCAAGAAAGAUAAGAAAAAAGAAGAGGCGGAUCCAGCACCAGCAGGCGAUGCUCCACCAGCCGGUGAUGCCCCACCAGCAGGUGAGGGAGGAGAUGGCGAGAUUGUCGGAGGACCACGCAAUCCUCAACAGAUUGCGGCACAAAAGCGAUUACAACAAACCCAGGCACAAGUCGAUGAGGUUGUUGAUAUUAUGCGAACAAAUGUAGAGAAGGUGCUCGAAAGAGAUCAAAAGCUUUCUGAAUUGGAUGAUCGUGCCGAUGCUCUACAACAGGGUGCAUCACAGUUUGAACAACAGGCUGGUAAAUUGAAACGAAAAUUCUGGUUGCAAAAUUUGAAGAUGAUGAUUAUUAUGGGUGUUAUUGGACUCGUUAUUGUGGGCAUUAUUGCAAAUAAACUUGGACUAAUUGGUAGUGAGCCACAGCCGCAGUAUCCACCACAGUACUAUAUGCCACCACCACCACAGCCACCACCACAAGCUGCUGCUGCUGGUGGUGGGGGUACAUCGUCGUUGGUUGCAGAUGAUAAACAGCAUGCAGGUGGUGUAUAAGAGAAUUAGUUAAUGUUACAUCGGCAGCAACAGCAACAACAACAACCACAACUACUACUACUUAGACAAAAAACAACAACAAACAGUGUUAAAAUUGCUUAAAACCAACUAAAAAAACAAAUACAACAAAACUCAAUUCAUUAUUAAACAAAAUUUUUGUUAUACUAAUAAUUUUCCUUGAAAAUAACACAACAUACCUUCAACAAGAACAACAACAGAAUAUAAUAAUAACAUAUUUAAAACUUAUAAUAAAAUAAUACAAUGAAGAAAAACAACAACAAAAUCACACAUAAACACACACACACUCUCAUAACCUCAAAUAAUAACAUGGAUGAAAAAACAAAUAAAGAACAAAACAAAAUAACCGAGGUUGAAGAUGAAGAUACUUAACAAAUAAUGGUAAAUAAAUUUAUUAUUAUUAUUAUUAUAAAUACAAUGCAAAUAAUAUUAUAAUACAACAACAACAAUGAUAUAAUACUAACACAUAAAUAUGAUGAUAAAAGGUGAAAAACGAACACAUAACAUACGUUAAAAGAAAAAACACUAUAUCCACAACAACAAUUAUAAAGUGCAUAAUGACAUUAAAAAAAAAAUAAUAAUUAAAUAAAAUAAAUAAAAAAAAAACCAAAUAAAACAUCUUUAAACACUUUUAGAGAACAAAUGUAUUUCAAUAAUAAUAAAACCUCUUCCCUUCUUUCCCUCAAAUAAAUGAAAAUCCUCAACCCCACACAAACAAAAAUAAGUAUACCCCCCCCCCCCCCCCUCCCGAAAACCUUCCCAAAACUUAUUGCAUAAAUCUAAAAGCAAAACAACAACAACAAUUUCCAAAUAAUAAUUAAUAACAGAAAAAAACAACAACAACUUAUAAACAACAAUGGGAAUUAUUACAUACAUACUAUAUAUACAUAUAUAUUAUACUUAAUACCAAAAAAAAAAGAGAAACACUUUAAAACCUAGAAGGAAGCCAUGAUGGAGAAGAAAUAAGAACAACAACAACAAAAACAAGGUGUAAAAAUUAUCCAAAAAAAGAAAAUAAACAAAAAAUAAAA